AUGGAGAUGGUUCUGGUGAGCGCGGCGACGGGUGCACUGAAACCCGUCCUAGAGAAGUUGUUUGCCCUCAUGGGUGACGAGUACAAGCGUUUUAAGGGUGUGCGUGGUGAGAUUCAGUUCCUCAUGGAUGAGCUCACCGCCAUGCAUGCCUUUCUCCUCAAGAUGUCUGAGGAGGAGGAACCUGAUGAGCAAGAUAAAGUGUGGAUGACUGCGGUGCGGGAGCUCUCCUAUGACAUGGAGGACUCGAUCGAUGACUUCAUGCAAGGUGUUGGCAAUAAAGAUUCAAAGCCAGAUGGCUUCAUAGAGAAGAUCAAGAACUCACUUGGGAAGUUAGGGAAGAUGAAGGCUCGUCGUAGGAUUGGUAACGAGAUCCAUGAUCUGAAAAAACAGAUCAUCGAUGUCGCCGAGAGGAAUGAAAGGUACAAGACCCGGCAGGCCAUCUCCAACAUAAAAAAUGAAGUUGUUGACCCUAGAGCUCUUGUUAUCUUUGAGCAUGCCUCAAAGCUCAUCGGAAUGGAUAGACCAAAGGCUGAUCUAGCCAAACUGUUGAAUAAGAAAAAUGGAUGGGUGUCAUCGAAGGAGGAAGAGCCGCUGAAAAUAGUUUCCAUUGUUGGAUCUGGAGGAUUGGGCAAGACAACUCUUGCAAAUCAAGUGUAUCAAGAGCACAAAAAGGAAUUCCAGUGUUGUGCUUUCCUAUCCGUGUCACGGAAGCCAGCCAUGAUGAACAUCCUUAGAAGUAUUCUUAGUCAAGUCAGCAAUCAACGUUACGAUGACACCAAAGCAGGGAGCCUACAACAAGUCAUCAGCAACAUCACAGAAUUCCUUGCGGACAAAAGGUACUUUAUUGUUGUUGAUGAUAUAUGGGAUGUAAAAACAUGGGAUGUUAUUAAGUGUGCAUUUCCCAUGAACACUUGUGGAAGUAUCCUAAUCACCACUACUCGUAUGACUGAUGUUGCUCGGGCAUGUUGUUCAUCAUUUGUUGGUCACAUCUACAAUAUGAGGCCUCUUGAUAUGGCACAGUCAAGAAAACUAUUUUACACAAGACUAGACUCCAAAGAAGAUUGCCUUGAGCACCUUGAAGAAGUUUGUGAUCAAAUUUUAGAAAAAUGUGCCGGUUCACCUUUGGCAAUCAUUGCUAUAUCUGGUUUGUUGGCUAACAGAGAAAAUACCAUUGAAGAAUGGGAUAGAGUGAAAAAUUCAAUUGGACGUACACUUGAAAGAAAUGCUACCGUGGAAUUAAUGAUGAAGAUAUUAUCACUUAGCUAUUUUGAUCUUCCUCCUCAUCUGAAGACUUGUCUACUGUAUCUGAGUAUAUUUCCAGAGGACUAUAUUAUUGAGAAGAAGGACCUGAUAAGGAGAUGGAUUGGUGAAGGGUUCAUACGUAAAGAGGGCAGAUAUACAUUGUAUGAGUUAGGACAAAGGUAUUUUAAUGAGCUAAUCAAUAGGAGUCUGGUCCAGCCUGUUAAGUCAAAUGAACAUGGUGUGGUGAUGAGUUGUUGA